AGCAAACUCCGCUGCUUCCGUUCAGAAACCUCGGAACAGACCUUUGCCUGCCAACUUCCCAGCUCUCUGGCCAGCUUCUGAUCGUUAGCAGUGGGUUGGCUCCCAUGAAAACCUCAAAGGCAUCCCAGCGCUAUAGAGGCAUCCGGAGAAAUGCCAGCCAGUGCUACCUCUACCAGGAAUCUCUGCUGCUCAGCAACUUGGAUGACAGCUUUAGUGCUGAUGAAACAGGGGACAGCAAUGAUCCGGAACAAAUCUUCCAGAAUAUACAGUUCCAGAAAGAUCUCAUGGCGAACAUUCGCUGCAGACCCUGGACUAUGGGACAGAAGCUGAGGGCACUGAGACGAGCGAAGGACAUUGUGCUGAAGUUCGAAGGGAGGCUGACCAGGACCCGAGGCUACCAAGCAGCAGGUGCAGAGCUCUGGCGGAAAUUUGCUCGUCUCGCCUGUAACUUUGUGGUCAUCUUCAUUCCCUGGGAAAUGAGGAUAAAGAAAAUCGAGAGUCAUUUUGGAUCUGGCGUUGCCUCCUAUUUCAUAUUCUUGAGAUGGUUAUUUGGAAUUAAUAUUGUGCUCACCAUUAUGACAGGUGCUUUUAUUGUCAUUCCAGAGCUGAUUGCAGGCCAGCCCUUUGGAAGCACAGCCAGGAAGACCAUCCCCAAGGAGCAGGUUUCGUCUGCCCAAGACCUGGACACCGUCUGGUCUCUGGGGGGCUACCUCCAGUACUCUGUCCUCUUCUAUGGAUAUUAUGGCAGGGAGAGGAAGAUCGGGAGAGCUGGUUACCGGCUGCCCUUGGCGUAUUUCCUAGUGGGGAUGGCAGUGUUUGCUUACAGCUUCAUCAUUCUUUUAAAAAAGAUGGCUAAGAACUCCCGCACGAGCCUUGCCAGUGCUUCCAACGAAAACUACACCUUCUGCUGGCGGGUGUUCUGUGCCUGGGACUACCUCAUUGGAAACCCAGAGGCUGCAGAGAGCAAAACAGCUGCCAUAGUGAACAGCAUCAGGGAAGCUAUACUGGAAGAACAGGAGAAAAAGAAAAGCAAAAACCUGGCAGUGACCAUCUGCCUGAGGAUUAUUGCCAACAUCUUGGUGCUUCUCUCACUGGCUGGGAGCAUUUAUCUCAUCUACUUUGUGGUGGACCGGUCCCAGAAGCUGGAGCAGUCGAAGAAGGAGCUGACACUCUGGGAAAAGAAUGAGGUCAGUGUGGUGGUCUCCCUUGUCACCAUGAUAGCACCAUCAGCCUUUGACCUCAUUGCUGCCUUAGAGAUGUACCACCCCAGGACCACGCUGCGCUUCCAGCUUGCAAGGGUCCUUGUGCUGUAUCUGGGAAAUCUCUACAGCCUGAUCAUUGCUCUCCUGGACAAAGUUAAUAGCAUGAGCAUUGAGGAAAUGGCUACCAAAAAUAACACAAGUCAUUGGAUAGAUUCCACCACCUUCUUUGCAACCAGGACAGCCCCUGAAGAAGAGAAAUGGUCCACAUCUCGGCCUGGAAUGGGGCUCAGGAGAAACAACACAUGGGCCUUGGAAGAGACCAGCAUUUCAGCUUACACCAUGCCUCUCAUAAAGGCCAACAAGACUAGCCUCUACACUCAGAGUCCACAAGACCAGUGCUGGGAGACAUACGUUGGUCAGGAGAUGCUGAAGCUCUCCAUCAUUGACAUGCUCUUCACUGUGGCGAGCAUUCUUCUCAUAGACUUCUUCCGAGGACUUUUCGUGCGGUACUUAAGUGACUACUGGUGUUGGGAUCUGGAAAGCAAGUUUCCUGAAUAUGGAGAAUUCAAAAUAGCUGAGAAUGUGCUACAUUUAGUCUACAACCAAGGAAUGAUUUGGAUGGGGGCCUUUUUCUCCCCAUGUCUCCCAGCGUUCAAUGUUCUCAAACUCAUUGGGCUCAUGUACCUGAGGAGCUGGGCUGUGCUGACCUGCAAUGUGCCCCACCAGCAAGUAUUUCGAGCCUCAAGAUCCAACAACUUCUACUUGGCAAUGCUCCUGUUUAUGCUGUUUCUGUGCAUGCUGCCAACCAUUUUUGCUAUUGUCCGAUACAAGCCAUCUCUAAACUGUGGGCCAUUCAGUGGACAAGAGAAGAUUUAUGACAUUGUGUCAGAAACGAUUGAGAAAGACUUUCCCGUGUGGUUUGGCUCCGUGGUUGGGCACAUCAGUAGCCCCGUGGUCAUCCUGCCCGCGGUACUCCUGCUUUUCAUGCUCAUCUAUUAUCUCCAGAGCAUCGCACGGUCUCUAAAGCUCAGCAACCACCAGCUCAAAAUGCAGAUCCAAAACGCAAGAUCAGAGGAUAAGAAAAAGGUUGCCCAGAUGGUAGAAGCCCGAAUCCAGACCCAGGAAGAAAGCACCAAGAAGCUUCCAAACGACAGUGAUCUUACCAGCCAGCUGUCCUCAGCGCACUCAGCCACACCCCAAAACAACAGCAACGUGGCCCAUUUUGACUCAGGGAGCAGCAAGAGUGGCAGGAUAGAGACAAUCGCACAGUCCAUGCCCCAGAGCCCCAGGCCAGGGGACAGGGCUCCUAGCUCCCCUCUCCCUGGGGUCUCCAAAUCCAGGCUAGAGCAUGAAACUAACAGGUAUCUGCAUGGUCUGUGUGCAAGCACCAGCGACCUUCACAGGAACAGAUCGCGCACACCUAUGACAUUUACAACGCACAUCGAAGAUAUACACUCAGAACCUCUUUUCCGAAAAGACUUUCAGCAAAUCAACCCUCCUCACCGUGGACCACAGGCCUCGACUUUGCUGGCACAGGGUCCCAGGCCCCACCCCCCCAGAUACUAUGUCAUUAAUGAACGUGACUCUUACAAGAAAAAACAUCUAAAUGUCUGGCCAGAAAGACAUUUCAAGAUAGAUGCUUCAGGUGACAUUGUGGAGCUGUACCCCAGGAACGUGCGACAAUAUGCAUCCCGGGUCCCCCGCCAGCCUCCCUCCCCCCAGCUGAGUGAAGAAGAGGAGACGCCAAGGAGAGAUUGGAUCAAACGGUCUCUUCCCCCACGCUCCCUGAUAGACCUCCGUCGGGCUCCUCAUUUUUAUAUUGGGGAGAGGUCUGAAAGUCAGACCCUGGCUCCCGAGCACCAGGGGAGGGUGCACUACAAGUCGUGGAAUGAAGAUUUUGAGGGUCACCUUGAGAGGCCAGCUUAUGUGCCCAAAAAGCCACGAUCCCGGAAUUUCCAAUACCCACAGCCGCCUCUGAAGCCCAGAGGGAAGCCCAGAGGGAAGCCCAGGUUCGAGCCAUCCCUCACGGAAUCUGACUCCGUGUCGGCAGCAUCCAGCAGUGACCAGCAGAACAGCAGCGCUGACCAGUACCUGCAGGUCACCCACUGUCAGGGCAGGUUCCCGAGGUCCGUGGGUCAGCCCAGCAGGAGGAAGGCCAAGUCGGGGCAGGAGCUGACCGUGGAUCUGGAUGACUUGAUUUGUUCAAAUGUCUAG